AUGGACAUCCCAACCCUGCCCAGCAAGGUCCCAGGCUACAACUUGUACAUUGAUGGAUUUCAAGCCUUGCGUCGCCCCAAGAUCCUCCAGGGCUCCAAUAUCACUCAUGUCGUUUCGGUGUUGGACUGGAAAUUCCAAAAAGACUGGGCCUCGCUUCGCGGGUUUCAGCACCUGCACAUCCCUCUGGACGAUGUCUAUGACUCGAACAUUCUGUCCUAUUUCCCCCGGAGCAAUGCCUUCAUUCACGAGGGUUUGAAGGACUCGAGGUCCAAUCAAUUUGAUGCCUCUGGUACCCCCCUCAAAGAUGGCUCCAUCGACCCGAUCCCGGGCGGAGUUCUUGUGCACUGUGCAAUGGGCGUCUCCCGCUCUGCGACCAUCGUCAUAGCAUACCUUCUCUGGCACUCUCGCCAAACAGCAAACAUCGUCAACCAACAAUCUCAAACCAACCCCAAAACUCAAGAUGCCACAAACACUUCAUCGUCGUCAACGUCAUCCGCACCCGCACCGGACAUGGUCUCCCUACCCCCCACGCCGCUGACAGUUGAUUCGGCCCUUGCCUUGGUUCGCGAAGGCCGUCCCCAAGUGGAACCAAAUUCCGGGUUUAUCAAGCAACUCCGCAUGUACGAGGCCAUGGGCUGCCCGAACACCCAGGAGCAACUUGAAAGCCACAAAAUCUACCGACGAUGGAUGAACUCACGGAACGUGCUGGACGCGCUGAGCGAAAAUCGGGCGCCGGAGAUGGACCAUAUCAGUUUUCGGGACGAGGAAGACGACGAGAACAGCCAGGAAGACGGUUCUCAAAGUUCGUCCAGUGUAGCGGGCAACAACGACCCCCUUAGCGACAGGGUGCAGAGUCUUACCUUGCUGAACCCGGACAACGACGAGCCGACCGAGAUCCUGAACCCGGACAUCACUCUCUCGUCACCUUCACCGGCGCCUCCCCUACCCGCCAACGUGGAAAUCAAGUGCCGGAAAUGCAGGCGCCUGCUCGCCAAAUCCAGCUUCAUCCUGCCUCACAAACCACCUCCACACCGCGACCCCUCGGCGGCGGUUGGAGGGGACCCCUGCGCGCACAUCUUCCUCCACCCUCUGUCGUGGAUGAGGCCCGUCCUGUCUCAGGGACAGUUGGACGGCCGACUGACAUGUCCGACGCAGCGGUGCGGGGCGAACAUCGGCAAGUUUGCAUGGCAGGGCCUGCGCUGCAGUUGUGGAGGGUGGGUGACGCCCGGGUUCGGAUUGGCCAAGGGCAAGGUGGACGAGGUGCGCAUUCGUGAAGGAAGCUCAUCAAGAGGAGGAGAAGGAGGGGGAUCAGCGCCAGGACAGGAACCAGGACCCGGAAAUGGAGGUGGUAAGAAAGCAGUCUUCGACAGCGCGGUGAGAUUUCCUCCUGGGAUGAGAAGGGCGGGGAAUGGAAACUUGUGA